AUGUAUUUCAUCCAAGUACUAUUUAUAGUCAUUUCUUACAUCAUAAAUGUCACUCUCGGAUUUAUUGCGUACGAUUGUGGAGGGUCGAAUCUAAAUAUCACUUCAUUUGACAGCUUAGAAGUAGAAAAAUGUGAUAUUCCAACACCAACAGAAACGCAACAGAUACAACGAAUACAAUUAUUGCAACACAUUGAAACGUAUCCAGUUAUGUAUAAAUCAUGUUUAAUAUCUGUGGAUUAUCUUAUAACAAGAUGCUCGGCGUUUGAAGAUGCGCAAGUGGUGGAUGGUGGAUACUUUUCUGACAUUAUCGAACUAGGGAGUGCUCGAUGUUCGGAGGUCCAUCAAAAACAAUCCUAUAAUUUUCCACUAGGAGGUGUAGUGACAGACUUAAAAAUAAACGAAACAACAUAUGUUUCAAAUACAAUGGUGGGGUCACUAGAUAAGCAUGGCAAUUGUAAGGGCGCAAUUUUUAAAUCAAAUAAAGGGGAAUGGGAAAACGUCGUUGUCCAAGCAAAAUUUAAAAUAUUGCUAUCGGAAGGUAUGGCUACAGCGAACACUAAAGAUAACGUUCUUAUACUUCCAACAGGUACAAAACUCAAAUUAUCAGACAAUUACGGCAUUGAUGCUUUUAAAGGUGAAACCAUCUGGUCAAUCAGUAACAUAAACUGUGAAGAACACGAUUUCAGUGUCCUAUAUGAUGGGCCAGCGUCAUUAAUUACGUCAAAUACUAUUGAUGACAUUUCAAAUACUUACACUUAUAUUGUGGAGACUGACAAAAUAGUCUUUGCUUUAAAAAAAGUCAAAAAAACCUUCGCCUGCACAGGAAUCCCAGUUAUUCAGACUGAACAUAUGCAGUUAUUAAUUUUAACAGAACCUACAUUUUUUAAUUAUUUUACACGAAAAACUAUAACAGCUCAAAACACUGAUUUAUUAGCCUACAUAAACACUAAAUUUGUCUAUGUCGAAAAUUUCUUUAAAUCAACGAUUACAUCGUUGUACAAUGAUUUAAUACUAAAACAAUGUGAGCUAGAGAGAAAAUUACUAGAGCAACGACUCACAUUAGCGUUUUCUAGUCUUUCGGAGUUUGCGUAUUUAAUGGGCGGUGGACCAGGGUUCACGGCAAUAAAAGUCAGUGAAAUAAUUUAUUUAAUCAAAUGCAAAAAAGUUAACGUUGAAAUAUCACAAAAAAAAAAUUGUUUUAACGAACUACCAGUGUUAUACAAUAACAAAACAUUAUUUAUGGCGCCCAAAACACAUAUUUUACAACAAUUUGGAACACAGGUGGACUGCAAUGUACUUCUACCACCUGCAUUCGAAUUGGGCGGUGAUUGGUUUGCCAUUCUACCAAACAUACAGGAAAUUAAGAAACCACAAAAGCUUAAACCAUCCACGUCCUGGACAUGGUCGUACAAAAGUCCGGAUUUUCUUAUGAAUGCCGGUAUAUAUACAAAGGACACAAUGAAAGCUUUUCAACAGCAUAUAUUGUUCCCGCAAGAAGUGAAAGCUGCCACAAAUAAUUUAAUCAGACAAUCUAUGGGAUAUGAUACGACUAAUCAAGGUCUGCAAUUUAAAUAUUUGAUAGACGAAAACACGCUUGGAAAAAUGGUAGAAGAUAAGCUAUUUAAAUUAUGGGGUUGGUUUACGACAAUUGGAACUUUUGUGUCUGGGCUAAUGGGUAUAUUCUUUGUUGCAAAAUUGAUAUUAACACUUGUUGACACAGGUAUUAAUAUUACUUUUUUAUAUCAAACCUUUGGGUGGAGUACAAAGCUUCUAGCGGGAUUUUUUUCUAGCAUUACUCAUAAUCUAUUACUAAGGUCUCAUAAACACAAUAAUUACACUAAAAAUCAAAAGUUUGAUGAAGACUCUUUAGAAAGAAAAAAUGUUCAGCGUCAUAAUAAUAAAGUCAAUAUUUAUCCAAAUUUAAUGGUUUAA